UCUCAUGUUAAUGUCGAUUUUGUGUAGUGACAAAAUUUAACUUUUUUUCAUUAUUAUUUUCUCUUUUAUCGAAAACACUAAUUAAAUUAUUUAUUUAUUUUAAUUUUAACUAGUUUAAAUUAAACUUUCUCCUAUUUCAAAAAAAAAAAAAAAAAUUAAACUUUCUCCACUCCACUAAAUAAAAAAAAACACUAAUUAAAUCAGAUUGCAUAAUUCUUUAAAAAAAAUAAAUCAGAUUGCAUAAAUUAUCGUACACGUAUGCGGUAGACUAUUGAUCUGUGUUCUGCAAAACUGAUACAUAUUCUCUUCCCCAAAACUUCCAUUUCAGUGCCGUCUCCCGAAUACGUCGUCGUUUCCGUCAUCGUCUCCACCCUCUAGGCUCUAAGCCAAUGGAUCCUGCCAUCCCAAUUGCGGCCCUUUCGCUCAUUCUCGGUGCUUUCAUCGUACUCCUCUUCUUCGCCAAUUACUUCCGCAACCGAAGAGCCGAUGUUCAAUCUCUUGCCAAACCAGAGCUCCAACCCGAUCCCAAACCCCGAUCCUCAAAGUCUCACCAAACUAUCUCCAAAAAGUCCCACUCCAAACCUCACUCUCACGCUUCUGACAAGGACCAAAAUAAGAAGCAUCACCCGUUGGAUGUGAAUACUUUGAAAGGUCAUGGAGAUGCAGUGACAGGAUUAUGCUUUUCAUCUGAUGGAAGAAGUCUCGCUACAGUUUGUGCAGAUGGGAUGAUCAGAGUUUUCAAGAUGGAUGAUGCUUCGAGCAAAAGUUUCAAAUUCCUCAGAAUAAACUUGCCCGCUGGCGGUCAUCCUGUGGCAGUUGAAUUCUGUGAUGAUGCGUCAUCUGUGGUUGUGGCUUCUCAAACUAUGACCGGUUGUUCCUUAUACAUGUAUGGUGAAGAAAAGACCAAAUCUUCUGAUGGAGCUAACCAGCAAACCAAGCCUCCUCUUCCUGAAAUGAAGUGGGAGCGUCACAAAAUCCAUGACAAAAAUGGUGUCCUCACUUUAUCUGGAACUGCCGCUACUUAUGGCACUGCUGAUGGGAGUACAAUAAUUGCUUCUUGUUCUGAAGGUACUGACAUUAUAUUGUGGCACGGCAAAUCUGGCAAGAUUGUGGGUAAUGUUGAUACAAACCAGCUAAAGAACACCAUGGCAGCUAUAUCACCAAAUGGGCGGUUCAUUGCAGCAGCAGCUUUUACGGCUGAUGUGAAGGUUUGGGAGAUUGUAUAUGCGAAGGAUGGUUCAGUGAAGGAGGUUACAAGAGUAAUGCAGCUAAAAGGGCACAAGAGUGCGGUGACUUGGUUGUGCUUUUCCCCAAACUCUGAGCAAAUCAUCACCGCAUCAAAAGAUAACUCAAUUAGAAUUUGGAAUAUUAAUGUUCGGUAUCAUAUGGAUGAGGAUCCAAAAACACUCAAGGUGUUUCCAAUUCCACUUCAUGAUUCAAAUGGUGUUACUUUGCACUAUGACCGCCUUAGUGUAUCUCCUGAUGGAAAUAUAUUGGCAGCUACCCAUGGCUCGACAUUGCAGUGGUUAUGUGUUGAAACUGGAAAAGUUUUAGACACUGCUGAGAAGGCUCAUGAUGGUGACAUAACUUGCAUUUCAUGGGCACCCAAGAACAUUUCAACGGGUGAUGGGGAAGCAUCGCUUUUAGCCACAGCGAGUGUUGAUAAGAAGGUGAAGCUGUGGGCAGCUCCACCGCUCUCUUCAUAAGGCAAUCUGCUGGUUAAAGAGCUUUAACAAAAUCAUGAGAAGUUCCAGACAUAUGCCAUUGCCAUCGGAGCCUCGGAGCUAGAAACUCUUUCGUUUUACUCUAGGAUUGGAGUGAGAGUACUAUGUUUCACUUGGCUAGCCCCUUUUUAACUGGGAUUUUGGUGACUUAUUUAAUAGAGUUGAGAGUAAUGGAUUUGCUGUUUCAGCGUGGGACCUAGAUGAUCUGUUGAUGCAAAAAUCUGUAUCAGUUUUUGAGGGAACAUGGGGUGAUGACUUCCAUUCCAUGAUUAAUUAUAGUACUUAUAUAUUUAAAGAUUUUGGUUAUUUAUUCA